UAAAUUGGAAUCCACUUAAGGGUUGGGAAAGUUGCUAGGUUAAGCAGAGAAGUGGACCCAACCGUGUGUGAGUGGAGAGACUCGGGGUGGGCUGGAACUGACACACACUUAGCCUUUGGUUAAGGCCAAGGUAGGGGAGUCCCUGGCAUUGAUUUCAGGGGAGAGGGAGUGGCUAUGUGAAGAGUUACAUUGUGGUCGACGCUGUGUGCUGGUUGGUAGCGUUUGAUACAGUCAGCAGUGGAAUGUUCUUGGGAUAAUGGUAAAAUAGUUGAGAGGUGGGAGGAGGGGAGCGAAAUGAUGUUGAAGGCUGAGACUGGCAUGUGAGUUACAAACCUGUGACUGGGGAUUGUGCAACAUGAUCAUCCUGUUGGUUUUGUUUUUUGACUGGAUACCAGUGAUUGGGAUGUUUUAGCAAGAAAGAAAUGUGUGACACAGUCUUAAGUAAAAAUUUAGGAGAGCUCCUUUAAGCUCUGUUGAAAAAGACUCAAACUGUUAAAGACAGAGAAGUGUGAAUAAGAGCAGCUAUUAAAUACCAUGUUUUGAGAAAUGUGGGGUCCAUUCGUUGUUUGAUGGUUUGGAUAAGAGGAAAUAAUCAAGUCGACAAAAGUUGAGAAGGGUUUGGAGUGUGACGUUUGGUAGUUUUGUGACCUAGAGUUUUGGUAUGGGACCAUUAGAGUAUCAUUUUGUAUCGAAUGUAAGAUGAUAAUAGUUUGAAAAGGCGUGGUGGGUAGAUGGGGAAGUCAUUGGCCGAAGGAACAAUUUCCGUGCAGUUCUCUUUUUAUGAGACAAGUAGUAUGUAUCUUGGCUCUUGAGAGAGGAUUCCUGAUCUGAAUUCUGAGAUGACUGUUGUAAGCAAAAGCAUACUUAGAUACACUGGAGUUGAUUCUAUGAUAGCUUCCCCUUAGCCUUCAGAAAUGUCUGCUCCUGUGAAUCAAGAGAAAAUGCUUUCUGGCUUGUAAAAACAAAAUUAAAUAACAGAAGUUUCACAAGCAUUAUUAAUCAUUGAUCAUGAUGGUUUUUGUACAGUGGUUGGAGCCUUGAACUUGGAAUCAGGAAGUUAGCUCUCAAACUGACUUUGAACAGAUCUGUCAUUUAUUCUCCAGUUGUCUGGUCUACAAAGUGUUGAUAGCACCUGCUCUAACUGCUCCUAACUGCAUUUCAGCCCAACAAAGAUCAGUGUUGGAAAGUGCUUCUGUGUCCUGAUGUAGAAGAGAGAACAAAUUGGACAUCUUGAAAGGUGAAGGUUCCCUUUGAGAGAGGGGCCCCUGGACUCGGCUCCAGGAUGAGCAGUGCCGUGUCGUGACCCCUGGGGUUUCGUGUGCCCUGGAGAUGCGAGAUUUUCCUUUGGCAGCAGGAGGCACACACCCAGAGAAUGCUGGAACUGCAAGGGGAAAGGACCUAUUUCCACAGCAAAGAAAAACCAAGAGGAAAAAGGCAUACAGGUUGCCAGCGCUAAAGGACGCACCCGGCAAGCCGUGGGCCCCUGGCCCUGCCCCCAGCAGCCGUUUCUGCUGCAGCCCGAGAGGAACUCGGUGAGCCCGUCCCUGACUGUGACUGCAAGCUCAGGAUUUCAAUCAAUGCAUUCCAGUAACCCUAAAGUGAGGAACUCUCCAUCAGGAAACACACAGAGUAGCCCUAAGUCAAAGCAGGAGGUGAUGGUCCGUCCCCCUACAGUGAUGUCCCCAUCUGGAAACCCCCAGCUGGAUUCCAAAUUCUCCAAUCAGGGUAAACAGGGGGGCUCAGCCAGCCAAUCCCAGCCAUCCCCCUGUGACUCCAAGAGUGGGGGCCAUACCCCUAAAGCACUCCCUGGCCCAGGUGGGAGCAUGGGGCUGAAGAAUGGGGCUGGAAGUGGUGCCAAGGGCAAGGGGAAAAGGGAGCGAAGUAUUUCCGCCGACUCCUUUGAUCAGAGAGAUCCUGGGACUCCAAACGAUGACUCUGACAUGAAAGAAUGUAAUUCUGCUGACCACAUCAAGCCCCAGGAGGCCCAGCACACACCCCAUUCGAUGACCCCAUCGGCUGCUACGGCUCCCAGGUCUUCCACCCCUUCUCACGGCCAAACUGCUGCCCCAGAGCCUACACCUGCUCAGAAGACCCCGGCCAAAGUGGUGUAUGUGUUUUCUACUGAGAUGGCCAAUAAAGCUGCAGAAGCCGUGCUGAAGGGCCAGGUUGAAACCAUCGUCUCCUUUCACAUCCAGAACAUUUCCAACAGCAAGACAGAGAGAAGCACAGCCCCUCUGAACACACAGAUAUCUGCCCUUCGGAAUGAUCCCAAGCCUCUCCCACAGCAGCCCCCGGCUCCAGCCAACCAGGACCAGAAUUCUUCCCAGAACACCAGACUGCAGCCAACUCCACCCAUUCCGGCACCAGCACCCAAGCCUGCCGCGCCCCCACGGCCCCUGGACCGGGAGAGUCCUGGGGUAGAAAACAAACUGAUUCCUUCUGUAGGCAGUCCUGCCGGCUCUACUCCACUGCCCCCAGACGGUACCGGGCCAAACUCCACGCCCAACAAUCGAGCAGUGACGCCUGUCUCCCAAGGGAGCAAUAGCUCUUCAGCAGAUCCCAAAGCCGCCCCGCCUCCACCGGUGUCCAGCGGCGAGCCCCCCACGCUGGGAGAGAACCCCGACGGCCUGUCUCAGGAGCAGCUGGAGCACCGGGAGCGCUCCUUACAAACCCUCAGAGACAUCCAGCGGAUGCUGUUCCCCGAUGAGAAAGAAUUCGCAGGAGGACAAAGUGGGGGGCCCCAGCAGAAUGCUGGGGUAUUAGAUGGACCUCAGAAAAAACCCGAAGGGCCAAUCCAGGCCAUGAUGGCUCAAUCCCAAAGCCUAGGUAAGGGACCUGGGCCCCGGACAGACGUGGGAGCUCCGUUUGGCCCACAAGGACAUAGAGAUGUGCCCUUUUCUCCAGAUGAAAUGGUUCCGCCUUCUGUGAACUCCCAGUCCGGGCCCCUAGGACCCGACCACCUGGACCACAUGACUCCCGAGCAGAUCGCGUGGCUGAAGCUGCAGCAGGAGUUCUACGAAGAGAAGAGGAGGAAGCAGGAGCAAGUGGUUGUCCAGCAGUGCUCCCUCCAGGACAUGAUGGUCCACCAGCACGGGCCGCGGGGAGUGGUCCGAGGGCCGCCCCCUCCGUACCAGAUGGCCCCUGGAGAGGGCUGGGCUCCCGGAGGCGCCGAGCCGUUUUCUGACGGUCUCAACAUUUCCCAUUCUUUGCCCCCGAGGGGCAUGGCUCCCCACCCCAACAUGCCCGGAAGCCAGAUGCGCCUCCCCGGAUUUGCAGGAAUGAUAAACUCCGACAUGGAAGGGCCGAAUGUCCCCAACCCGGCUUCGAGACCAGGUCUCUCUGGAGUCAGUUGGCCAGACGAUGUGCCAAAAAUCCCAGAUGGUCGCAACUUCCCUGCUGGCCAGGGCGUCUUCAGUGGGCCCGGCCGAGGGGAGCGCUUCCCAAACCCCCAAGGGUUGUCAGAAGAGAUGUUUCAGCAGCAGCUGGCAGAGAAGCAGCUGGGCCUGCCCCCGGGCAUGAGCAUGGAGGGCAUCAGGCCCAGCCUGGAGAUGAACAGGAUGCUCCCGGGCUCCCAGCGCCACAUGGAGCCUGCGAGCAAUCCCAUCUUCCCUCGAAUCCCAGUCGAGGGCCCUCUGAGUCCUUCCAGGGGCGACUUCCCGAAGGGCAUGCCUCCGCAGAUAGGCCCUGGCCGGGACCUGGAGUUCGGGAUGGUUCCUGGGGGGAUGAAGGGAGACGUGAACCUCAGUGUCAGCAUGGGAUCCAACUCUCAGAUGAUACCUCAGAAGAUGAGAGAGGCCGCGGCGGGCCCGGAGGAGAUGCUGAAGCUGCGCCCCGGGGGCUCGGACGUGCUGCCCGCGCAGCAGAAGAUGGUGCCUCUGCCCUUCGGGGAGCACCCUCAGCAGGACUACGGCAUGGGCCCCAGGCCGUUCCUUCCCAUGUCUCAGGGUCCAGGCGGCAACAGUGGCUUGCGGAAUCUCAGAGAACCAAUUGGGCCCGACCAAAGGACUAACAGCCGGCUCAGUCACAUGCCACCACUACCUCUCAACCCUUCCAGUAACCCCACUAGCCUCAACACAGCUCCUCCAGUUCAGCGCGGCCUGGGGCGGAAGCCCUUGGAUAUAUCUGUGCCAGGCAGCCAGGUGCACUCCCCGGGCAUGAACCCUCUGAAAUCUCCCACAAUGCAUCAAGUCCAGUCACCAAUGUUGGGCUCACCCUCGGGGAACCUCAAGUCCCCCCAGACUCCAUCGCAGCUGGCAGGCAUGCUGGCGGGCCCAGCUGCCGCUGCUUCCAUUAAGUCCCCCCCUGUCUUGGGGUCUGCUGCUGCUUCACCUGUCCACCUCAAGUCUCCAUCACUUCCUGCCCCAUCGCCUGGGUGGACUUCCUCUCCGAAACCUCCCCUGCAGAGUCCCGGCAUCCCUCCGAACCAUAAGGCUCCGCUCACCAUGGCCUCGCCAGCCAUGCUGGGAAAUGUUGAGUCAGGUGGCCCGCCGCCUCCUACAGCCAGCCAGCCUGCCUCUGUGAACAUCCCCGGAAGUCUUCCCUCCAGCACACCCUACACCAUGCCUCCAGAGCCAACCCUCUCCCAGAACCCACUGUCUAUUAUGAUGUCUCGAAUGUCCAAGUUUGCAAUGCCCAGUUCCACCCCGUUAUACCACGAUGCCAUCAAGACCGUGGCCAGCUCAGAUGACGACUCCCCUCCAGCUCGUUCCCCCAACUUGCCAUCAAUGAAUAAUAUGCCGGGAAUGGGCAUUAACACACAGAAUCCUCGAAUUUCAGGUCCAAACCCCGUGGUUCCGAUGCCAACUCUCAGCCCAAUGGGAAUGACCCAGCCGCUUUCUCACUCCAAUCAGAUGCCCUCUCCAAAUGCCAUGGGACCCAGCAUACCUCCUCACGGGGUCCCCAUGGGGCCUGGCUUGAUGUCACACAAUCCUAUCAUGGGGCAUGGAUCCCAGGAGCCUCCGAUGGUACCUCAAGGACGGAUGGGUUUCCCCCAGGGCUUCCCUCCAGUACAGUCUCCUCCACAGCAGGUUCCCUUUCCUCACAACGGCCCCAGCGGAGGGCAGGGCAACUUCCCAGGAGGCAUGGGCUUCCCAGGAGAAGGCCCCCUCGGCCGCCCCAGCAACCUGCCCCAAAGUUCAGCAGAUGCAGCACUUUGCAAGCCUGGAGGCCCAGGCGGUCCUGACUCCUUCACCGUCCUGGGGAACAGCAUGCCUUCCGUGUUUACAGACCCGGAUCUGCAGGAGGUCAUCCGCCCUGGAGCCACCGGCAUACCCGAGUUCGACCUGUCCCGCAUUAUUCCAUCGGAGAAGCCCAGCCAGACACUGCAGUAUUUCCCUCGGGGGGAAGUUCCGGGCCGCAAACAGCCCCAGGGUCCUGGACCUGGGUUUUCGCACAUGCAGGGGAUGAUGGGCGAACAGGCCCCCAGAAUGGGACUCGCGUUACCUGGCAUGGGAGGGCCAGGGCCAGUGGGAACUCCAGACAUCCCUCUUGGUACCGCUCCGUCCAUGCCGGGCCACAACCCAAUGAGACCACCAGCCUUUCUCCAGCAAGGCAUGAUGGGACCUCACCAUCGGAUGAUGUCACCAGCACAAUCUACAAUGCCCGGCCAGCCCACCCUGAUGAGCAAUCCAGCUGCUGCCGUGGGCAUGAUUCCUGGCAAGGAUCGGGGGCCCGCUGGGCUCUACACCCAUCCCGGGCCUGUGGGCUCUCCAGGCAUGAUGAUGUCCAUGCAGGGCAUGAUGGGACCCCAACAGAACAUCAUGAUCCCUCCCCAGAUGAGGCCCCGGGGCAUGGCUGCUGACGUGGGCAUGGGUGGAUUUAGCCAAGGACCUGGCAACCCAGGAAACAUGAUGUUUUAAGCUGCUACGAUUGGAUGUUGCCGACCCUUGUCAAGAUGAGAUUCCAGGAGCCCCUACUAUUGGUCAUGCAAUAGGCGAGCAGAGACCCAGGGGGCUGCUUCGGGGGAGGGGGGAGCUCGAGAAUGUAUGGAUUUACCUGAAAACAAAUUAUUCAUUUAAUCAACAGGUGUGUUUUUUUUUAAGAUUUAUUUUUAAAGAAUUAUUUUUGUGGACUUGGGUAUCCCAUGAUGGCACCUCCUCUUGGGAAUUGUAGCCGUGCUUUGAGAAUCGCCAUCGGUCACGUGUUGCACCGUUCUCUGUAUGUUUACGUCCUCUGGACUGGCUUCUCCCAGGAUUCUUUUUGUGUUUUUGAUUUGGGCUUUUUGUUUUUCUGUUUUUUUGUUUUUUGGUUUUUUUUGGUGUACUGUACUAUAUUGUAAAAGGGAUUUUAGCAGAGACGUUUGGCCGUGGGGCAGGAGGGGAACGGCGGUGCUGCGCUGUUUCCUUUAGGUGGAGAAUCCAUCUUCAGACCUUUGGACUAUUUUCUUUCAACUCCAGUGUAUAGUAAAACCAAACUACGACCUCAGAGCAGAGUAUUAAUGAAAAGCACAAAAAAAGGAACUAAGUUCAGCGAGGGGUGGGGGGAGGGGGGAGCUUUUCUUUUUAAAAAUAACGAAGUUUAGGACGUUGGGUUUUCAGUUCAAGUGCUCUUCAGCACCGCCCGUCUCCCGCAGUGGACACACCCGCCGUGACACUUCUCUCUUGUGUGCCCUCCCGCCCCCGACCCAUCUGCCCUUCGGUCAAGUGUGUUUCCUUCCCGCGUGCCCCCUCCCACUGCGCCCCCGCCUCCCCGCCCUCCGUCUCCCUUCGGCAGCUGCACUACAUCGUGUUUUUCCGGGGAAGUAAAUCUCGCGAAGGCUCGCCUCCCGCGCCGGCCGGCGGGCGUCCCGGCUGCGGCAGGGCCAGGGCUGGCCUUGGGAUGCUGUCUGCUCCUCUCUGCCCCGUAGUCUGGCCCCCAACAUGCUCUUCCCUGCCCACCUUGUGUUCCGUUCUCCUUUUAUUAGGACUUCCCAAGUGAAUUUUAUUAAUGUGGGAGUGGAACAGAUGCUAAAAGCUAUCCAGGAUUUUGUUUUUCUGUUUCAAAUUUUGUGGUUCCUUCCCUCUCCUCCCCCUCCCGUGCGUAAAACGUUCUGUGUAACCUCCAUUAAAUUUGGUACAAAACCACUCGCCAGAGCUGUGGUGUCAGAAAAAUGAAAUAUAUUGUUUCUUACAAAACUGCA